AUGCCGCCAGUUGUGCCUCUUCAAUUUAUCCAGGCCGGUGCGACCGCUACCUCGGGCUCGGUUUUUGUUACUUCUAAUUCAGAGCAACAAUCAUCAUCAUCAUCGUCAUCCAACAAUAACGGUACUUGUGUUCUACCACAGUCCAUUCUCUCUCCAACAUCUAUUCCUCUUCCAGUCACCCCUAAGAUCACCCUAAAUUGCUCUGCUUCGGACGGAGCUCUUGAUCUUGAGCCGGUUGGCGAUAUAAGAUCAAACCCCUCGUCUCCAGAUACCGUCGUAGCGGUCCCUGUUGAUCCCCUGCCAAUCUCAGCAUCAGCUGCCACCACAGGCACUAACAAUAGCACGACCCCCAAUAAUAAUAAUACGCCAGACGAGGCCUCUAAAUCCGACCAAGCAGCCCUCCUUCCCCGUUCGAAAUCUUUCUUGCAACACCGAAAGGGCAUCAAAUCUGUCGAAGUUCCCCGUCAGCGUAUUCUCGAAGCUCUCAUUGCUCGUCAGGCUGGUCCGUUAACAGCUAAUCCGAUGGCGGCUCAUGGGAUGAAGUCUCCGGGCCUAUGGGCUCCCUCGAACCUCAACUUGGACACUAAAGGCCGAUCAGGGUUCAUGGCUCUACAGUCACCUUGUUUUUACCAUCAGCGAUUCGACCCCGUAAUUGAUGUCGAAAGAGUCGUUGACGAAAUCGCACACCAAGAUGAGAUGAACAUGUCUCAUUCCGACUACCUAAAAACAGCUACGAGUGUCAGAGAAAUCAGCCGCCAAUUGAACCGACGAACAAUCAAAUCGGCAGUCCAGAAUGUCAUGAUUGUCACAAAGGCCCGAGAUAACUCUCUUGUCGUAUUGACUAGAGAAGUUGCCUUGUGGCUCAUGAAAACACCACGAUAUGGUAAACCCCUUGGUGUUAAUGUCUACGUCGACAAAAAACUCAAAGUAUCGAGACGGUUCGAUGCUGAUGGCUUGAUCCGGGAGAAUCCUGAACUCAAUGGAAAACUUCAAUAUUGGACACCCGAUAUGUGUUACAGCUCACCCGACACCUUCGACUUGGUUCUCACUCUUGGUGGCGAUGGAACUGUUCUUUUCACAUCAUGGCUGUUCCAAGCUGUUGUUCCACCCAUUUUAAGCUUUUCAUUGGGUUCUCUUGGCUUCCUUACAAACUUCAAGUUUGAAGAGUACAAGAGGCACCUGGACAAGGUUUUGAACGAUGGCACGAGAGUUAGCAUGAGAAUGCGUUUCACCUGUACAGUUUUCAGAGCUGAGCCAGGUGAAAGCGAGCCUAUCGAGGGUGAGAGGUUCGAAGUUUUGAAUGAACUUGUCAUCGACCGUGGCCCGUCCCCAUAUGUCUCCCAUAUGGAGCUUUAUGGUGACGAUGAUCAUAUCACCACUGUCGCUGCUGACGGUUGCAUCUUCUCGACUCCGACCGGCUCCACUGCUUACUCGCUCUCUGCAGGUGGCUCUCUCGUCCAUCCAGACAUCCCAGCUAUCCUUGUCACUCCGAUCUGCCCACACACCCUUUCCUUCCGCCCUAUGAUCCUCAGCGACUCUAUGCUACUCCGUGUUAAUAUCCCAGAAGGUUCUCGCGCUACGGCUUGGUGUAGUUUCGACGGUCGAGCCCGUCUCGAGCUUCGCCAGGGUGACUACAUCACCAUUGCAGCAUCCAAGUACCCAUUCCCUACUGUGCUCAGCCAGCCGCAGGAGUGGAUUGAUAGUAUCCAAAGGACUCUGCAGUGGAAUAAGCGCGCAGCCGCUCAAAAAGCCUUCGUGAAGAGCUCUGGAGACUCCGAGCUCGACUUGGAGGAUGAGUGGGACAUUGAUACUACUGAUGAUAGCGGUAUCUACACUGACGAUGGGGAUGGAAGUGCAUCUAGUCCCAUGAGGAGGCAGAUGAGCUUGUUGACUAUGGCAUAG